GACCAAAGGCCAUUGGGGGCCCCAGCACUCAAGGACUGUUUCUGCCACCACCAUCUGUGGAUUUUUUCAGCUGUUUUUCUUGGCCCAAGGAUCACACCCACAGGGAUGCAGAUGGGGGAAGGGGAAGCUGAGAAAGCAGUGAAGACAGAAUGAGCUGGGGAAGAGGCAGAUGGUAGGAAAUGGAGACGGAGAAAUGGCACUAGUGGCCCAGCCACCUGAGAUGGGAUACCUGGGAGGGACAUCUUUUCAAGUAGAGGCUGUGUUGGGGCAUGGACGGGGCUGCAGCAUAGGAGUCUCAGCUGCUUACAUCCAGGUCCAGGAUGAUGUCUGCUAACAGACGCUGGUGGGUACCACCUGACGACGAAGACUGUGUGUCUGAGAAGCUCCUGAGGAAGACUCGGGAAUCUCCGCUGGUGCCUAUAGGCUUAGGAGGCUGCUUGGUGGUAGCAGCAUACAGGAUUUACCGGCUGAGGUCUCGUGGUUCCACCAAGAUGUCCAUACACCUGAUUCACACCCGAGUGGCAGCGCAGGCCUGUGCAGUGGGUGCAGUCAUGCUAGGUGCUGUGUACACAAUGUACAGCGAUUAUGUCAAGAGGAUGGCACAGGAUGCUGGAGAGAAGUAGGACUCCUAUAGGAGCCGGGGCUGUCCAACUUCCCUAACUCAAUCCCUGGUACAUUCCUAAUAAAGCAGUUUUGAGGAAAA